CUCAUCUUUCUCCUAUAUGCUGCGACGGUGGUGUCUGCUGAUCUCCGACCAGGGUUUUAUCAGACCACAUGCCCUGACGCCGAAUCCAUUGUCCGAGACGUCAUGAAAAAAGCCCUAAUCAGGGAGCCCAGAAGCGUGGCCUCCGUCAUGCGAUUCCAGUUCCAUGAUUGCUUUGUAAACGGUUGUGAUGCUUCGAUGCUCCUGGAUGACACGCCAACGAUGCUGGGAGAGAAAUUGGCGCUGUCGAAUAUCAAUUCGCUGAGAUCAUAUGAAGUGAUCGACGAAGUGAAGGAAGAACUGGAAAAGGCAUGCCCCGGAGUUGUUUCGUGUGCAGAUAUCAUCAUAAUGGCCGCCAGAGACGCCGUCGCACUGACAGGAGGGCCUGAUUAAGUGAGGUUGGGAAGACUGGACAGCCUAAGUGCUAGCCAAGAAGACUCAAACAACAUAAUGCCCAGUCCAAGAGCCAAUGCGAGUGCCCUCAUUGAUCUCUUUAAAAUUAACCUAACCAUCAGAGACCUUGUGGCCCUCUCAGGAUCUCACUCCAUAGGCCAAGCCCGUUGCUUCUCCAUCAUGUUCAGGCUCUACAACCAGUCUGGUUCUGGAAAACCUGACCCUGCCAUUGAACCAUGCUUCAGAGAAAAGCUUGACCAGUUAUGUCCCCUCAAUGUCGACCAAAAUGUCACAGGUGACCUUGAUGCCACACCCCGUGUGUUUGAUAAUCAAUACUUCAAGGACUUGGUUCACGGCAGAGGGUUUUUGAACUCUGAUCAAACACUCUUCACUUUCCCUCAGACUAGAGGCUUUGUGAAACUCUAUAGUAGGGAUCAAAGUCAAUUCUUUAAAGAUUUUGUUAAUGGGAUGCUGAAAAUGGGUGAGUUCCAAUCUGGUCGUCCCGGUGAGGUCCGGAAGAACUGUCGAGUGGUCAAUGGUCAUUCUGAUGAUUUGAAGCUGGAAUGAUAUAGGAAAGACAAUAGAGGGUACCAUAGAGAUGUUGUUGUGGGUAUUAUGUAGUUUAUGUGAAAUAAUAAUAUAUGCAAUUUCCAGUAUUGAUGAGAAGAGUGUUUGGAUAGGUUAUACCAAAAACUAAUUAUGGUCUA